AUGGACGCGUACUGCAAAGCGGCCCGACGCCUGGAGGAAAAGUUCGACGGCCUCGAGCUUAACCACGUACUAAGAAAAUACAAUGAGGCCGCCGACGCACUCGCCAAGCUGGCAUCCAAGCGGGCCACGGUUCCCCCUAACGUUUUUGUCAGCGACCUCUACAAGCCUUCUGUUGACUACAAGGACGACGAGGGGUCGGAUAAACCCCCAAGUGAACCAGGCCCCGACCCCAAUGACCCCGCUGUUCAGGAGCAGGAGACCAUGGACAUCGAGCCUGAACCCCCUGCACCUGACGACUCACCAGACUGGCGCUACCCCUUGCUGCAACGCCUCGUCGAUGGCACUCUGCCCCCAGACCAGGCUGAGGCAAGGCACGUGGCUCGUCGCGCCAAGACCUUUGUCCUCCUUGACGGAGAGUUGUAUAAACGCAGCCCCUCGGGCAUCCUUAUGCGUUGUAUCCCACGUCAGGACGGGAUCAAGCUCCUGCAGGACAUACACUUGGGGGCUUGUGGCCAUCACGCCGUGCCUCGGACGCUGGUAGGUAAUGCCUUCCGGUAA